AUGGAUUACUACAGAAAAUAUGCAGUUGUCAUUCUGGCCGCAUUGUCUGUGUUUCUGCAUAUUCUCCAUUCCUUUCCUGAUGGAGAGUUUACAAUGCAGGGUUGCCCAGAAUGCAAGCUAAAGGAAAACAAAUACUUCUCCAAGUUGGGUGCCCCAAUUUAUCAAUGCAUGGGCUGCUGCUUCUCCAGAGCAUAUCCCACUCCAGCAAGGUCCAAGAAGACAAUGUUGGUCCCAAAGAACAUCACCUCAGAAGCCACAUGCUGUGUGGCCAAAGCUUUUACCAAGGCCACAGUGAUGGGAAAUGCCAAAGUGGAGAAUCACACGGAGUGCCACUGCAGUACUUGUUAUUAUCACAAAUCUUAAAUAUUUUGCAAAGAGCACGUUGAUGAUUGCUGAUUUCCUGGAAUGAAAAUUAAUUUUUUCAGUGUUUAUGGCCUUGUGAGAUAAAACCCUCUUUU